AUGUCAAGAAAUAAGCCAGAGGAUUAUGUUAAACAAGAGAGGUUUCAGGCCGAGAUGAUUGAAAAAGAGCUGAGACUGCAGACACUCCGCACAGAGUUCACCUUCAACCCACUGCGGAAAGUUCACAUCCUCCCAGAUAAGCCCAUGUCCCGGAGAGCAGCUGAAGUAAAAGUGGACCCUAAAAUUCUUGAGGUGUAUAUAAGAGCUGAGAAGGAACCGAACAAGAAAUAUCCCCAUCCCAUGACAGAAAGUCAGGAGGUUGGAUGGAUACCAGCUCCACUGGUGAGGAAACCUCUGCAUGCAUGA